AUGUCAUUGUGGCUGUCAGAUGCCUGCAUUGUUCAACUGUCUGUGAGUUUGUCCCAGAUCAGAACCUUGGAUCUCAGGGGGUUAAAACAGAUAAAAGACAACUGCAUUAGGAAGAUAGUAAGGAAGUGUCCACAUCUGAAGACCCUUGUACUGGCCAACUGUCUCAGAAUCACUGAUGUGGCUUUGAUUGAGGUCUCUACAUAUGCACCCAAUGUCAAAUGGUUAGAUGCUAGUGGUUGUAGGAACAUCUCCAACCAAGCCAUAGGUGCUGUCAGUAAGAACUGUAGAGGUCUGGAACACCUGGAUGUCAGCUCUACAGGAAUCACACAUCUUAGUGUGAUCAUGUUGGCCAACAACAGCAAUGAGACCCUACAAACGCUAAAAAUUAGCUUCUGCCAAGACAUCACGGAGUCUAGCAUUGUCAAGCUGGUUAGGAACUGUAGGAG